AUGAACUUGCUGGUGGUCCUUGCACUCGUCCCCCUGAUAUGGCGUCUCGCCGUGCAGUUCCUCCCAGCUCAGUGGACUGAGCCUUAUGCCUACUGGGAUCCAGAUGCUCUCAACGACGGCCUCGCCCGCUGGAGCAACAUGGGCUACUGGGACGACGCCUCAUCCUUCUCAGAAGCAGGUGAGGCGCUUGCCCGCCGCCUCCUCGCCUUCGCGGACGCAAGCAACGAACGCGUGCUCGACAUCGCCCACGGUCCCGGGGACAGUUUAUUGCUCCAUCUCGAAUCUAAUCCAAAGCAUCUCACUGCGAUCGCCUCGCUUCCCUCUGACACCGAGACAGCACAGCAGCGCGUAAACCAAUGGUUCCUUGAGCACGCCGGCAAAACCGACCUUACCUGGUACACUGGGUCUGCAACCUUCCGUCCGGCCAAGGACUUUGACCACCCGCUGUAUCCGAUGCGCGGGUUCCUCGGCGACUCGAAUGUGGUGGUGGAGGAGGAGGAGGAGGAGAGGGAACAGGUCGUCUUUGACGAUGAGGCUGAUGUGGUGGACGUCGAGGAGGUUGUCCUCGACAAGGCCAAGUCCCAGACCGGCAUCGACCUCUACGACCUUGUCUAUGUCCUCGAUGCGCUUUACCACUUCCCACCUUCGCGUAGCGCGUUUAUCGCCUCGGUCCUACCCAACCUCCGCCCCGGAGGUGUGCUCGCGUACACGGAUAUCCUGGCCCCGCCAUCCCUCUCCCGCCUUCCAGGCAGGCUCCUCGCCAACCUCCUCUCCACGCUGCUCCGCGUCCCCCAAUCUAACCUUGCAUCCGGCAUCACGCUGAACCAGUACAAAUCCUCUCUCGAAGACAUGGGAUACAAGGUCCAGCUCCAGGACUGGACGACGCACGUGUUCCCAGGCUUCGCGGCCAACCUCAAGGCUCGGGGUGCGGGUUGGUGGGUGGUAGGUUGGCUCGCCGAGAAGGCGGAAGCCAGCGGAUGGAAGUAUGUUGCGGUGCGCGCCGAGCGGUCUUCCACGUAG